AUCAAAUUUUUAACUGAAAAAAUAAAUGAAAAACACUUUCUUCUUGCGUCAAUAAAGUGUAGUCCAUGCACCUGCGCGUAGCUUAUCACUGAAAUCCCCAAACAAAACCCUUUCAACAGUUUUUCGCGGCACUCUUUUCUUUCUCUUUCUUUUCUUCUUUUCUUUUCUUUUUUUUUCCCUCAAAUGAAAAAAAAAAGAGAAACAGAGAUAAGUCUAAAAGCCAAACCCAAUCUUCAGCAGGGAAGCAUAAAAGGAUGAAAACUACAUGUGAAUCAGAAAAUGGAAGUCCUUUGGGGUCAAUUCAUGAUACUGGAAAUCUGACUGGGAUAUCACAUGAGGGGGUGAACAAAGUUCUAAGACCUGCUAAUAGACGUUACUCUUCAAGGAAAAAGGAAAAGAAUGAAAAUGUCCGGCAGAAUGACCCAAAAACAAAUGAACAAGAAAUUGUACAUACAAUGGUUGCAGAGAAUGCUUCAAUGGCUGAAGAUUGUAUUAGAGAUGCAGUUGGAACUUCUCGAUUAGAAGUAGAUGUUGAAAAUCAUCAAGAUACUCUUUUUGAUGAUAGUGAAGACAUGAAUGACUCAGAUUGGGAAGAUGGUUCAAUUCCCAAAUUGGAUCCUGUAGACCAUUCCCCAACUGAGCAUGUGAAGGGGUUAACUAUUGAAUUUGAUGAACCAUCUGGUUCAGCUGGACGGAAGCCUGUUCAUCGAGCUUCUGCUGAAGAUAAGGAAUUGGCUGAGCUUGUGCAUAAAGUUCAUUUGCUUUGUUUAGUGGCCAGGGGCAGAUUAAUUGACAAUGCUUGUGAUGAUCCUCUUAUUCAGGCUUCUUUACUUUCUCUUCUACCUAUACACUUAUCGAAGAUAUCAGAGGUCUCAAAUGUCACUGCAAAUGCUCUGUCUCCUCUUGUCACUUGGUUCCAUAAUAAUUUUCAUGUAAGAAGCUUGGUUCGGGCAGAAAGAUCAUUUCCUAAUGCUUUGGCCUUUGCUCUCGAAACUCGUGAAGGGACUUCAGAAGAGAUUGCAGCAUUGUCUGUGGCAUUAUUUAGAGCUUUGAAGUUUACAGCACGGUUUGUGUCCAUUUUGGAUGUUGCCUCCGUAAAACCUGAGGCUGAUAAAUACGAAUCUUCGAGCCAAGAGGCAAAAAGAGUGGGUGGAGGGAUAUUCAGUACUUCAACUCUGAUGGUGGCUAAUCCAAAAGAAAUUUCUAUCCCUUCAUCCCAUGUUAAAUCAUCCUCAUGCCAUGAGAAAGCUGAUCAUAGUGAAAAUUCUUUGAGGAGUUCACACAAAAAUAAGGGUGGCUGCUCAACAUGCAGUGACACUCAAUCCAGAUAUUCUACUGCUGCUAAUGAAUUGACUGAUGCAACAUCAACCUGUCAGGUGCAGUCAGAUACAUCUGGACAAUGCCGUCCUACAAAAUCUCAGGGGUUGAGGAGGAAAGGGGAUCUUGAGUUUGAAAUGCAGUUGGCAAUGGCUAUUUCUGCUACUACUGUUGGGACUCAUGAGAACAUUUCUGGGUCAUCGGAUUUGAAAAUUUUAAAUGGUAAUAAUUCAUUAGAAGCAUCUACUCCUACAAAAAGAUGGAAAAGGAUCGAAAGAGUAGAAUCUUCGACUUGCUCCCCAGAACUUUCUACUGCACUUGGAUCAAGAAAAAUAGGUUCUCCAUUGUUUUGGGCAGAAGUGUACUGUGGUGGGGAGAACUUGACUGGGAAGUGGGUGCAUGUUGAUGUUGUGAAUGCAAUUAUAGAUGGAGAGCAGAAAGUAGAAGAUGCAGCUGCUGCAUGCAAAACAUCAUUGAGAUACGUAGUUGCUUUUGCAGGUCGUGGGGCUAAAGAUGUGACCCGCAGGUAUUGCGUGAAGUGGUACAAAAUAGCACCAAAAAGAGUUAAUUCAGUUUGGUGGGAUUCAGUAUUGGCACCUUUGAGGGAGUUAGAGUCAGGAGCAACUGGGGGUGUGAUUAAUUUUGACAAGCUCCAUGAUAAUGCCUCAAAUGAGCAGGAGAAAAUCAAAGUAUCUAGAAUGUCUGAAUAUCCAGGUGCAGAUAGUCCUUCAAACCAUGUUAUCUUACCUAAGAAGUCAGGCCAAGAAGCUUCCAAAGAGUAUGGGAGUAAGAUCGAAGUUGAAUCUUCUUUAAAGGAUUCAUUUGUUGCUACCAGGAACUCUCUUGAAGAUAUGGAACUUGAAACUAGGGCACUAACUGAGCCUCUUCCCACUAAUCAGCAGGCCUAUAAAAAUCAUGCAUUAUAUGCACUUGAAAGAUGGCUUACGAAGUAUCAGAUACUAAAUCCAAGAGGUCCUAUUCUUGGUUACUGCUCUGGUCAUCCAGUUUAUCCUCGCACUUGUGUGCAAACUCUCAAGGCAAGAGAAAGAUGGCUGCGUGAAGGACUGCAGGUUAAAGGCAAUGAGAUUCCUGCAAAGGUUUUGAAACGUUCUGCAAAAUUAAAAAAAGUUCAAGUUUCUGAAGAAGAUGAUUAUGAUGAGAAUGAUUCUAAAGGAACUAUUGAACUUUAUGGGAAGUGGCAGCUGGAGCCAUUGUGUCUCCCUCAUGCAGUUGAUGGAAUUUUGCCAAAGGUGAUUGCUGUUGCUUUCUUGUGGAUGCCAUUCUGGAAGAAUGAGCGUGGUCAGGUUGACGUGUGGUCUGAGAAGUGCCUUCCGCCGGGGACUGUUCACUUAAGGUUGCCAAGGGUAUAUGCUGUUGCCAAGAGGUUAGAGAUUGAUUAUGCACCUGCCAUGGUUGGUUUUGAGUUUAGAAAUGGUCGAGCUGCUCCUGUCUUUGACGGCAUUGUGGUUUGUACAGAGUUCAAGGAUGCAAUAUUAGAGGCUUAUGCAGAAGAGGAAGAGAGAAGAGUGGCUGAAGAGAAGAAACGGAAGGAAGCACAAGCCAUCUCAAGAUGGUAUCAACUUCUCUCGUCCAUUAUAACCAGACAAAAGUUGAACAGCUAUUAUGGAGAUGGUUCAUCAUCUCAGCCAUCCCGAGAUGUCCAAGAUAAAAAUAAUGAGAUAAAUGCAACGGUUGAAAGCAGUAAGGGUGAUAGGCAAUCUACUGGCCUUCAGAAAGGAGAUAUGGGGGAUACUAUGUAUAAAGAGGUAGAGCAUGAACAUGUAUUUUUAAUAGAGAAUGAGAGUUUUGACGCAGAGAACUCACUCCUAACAAAGCGAUGUCGGUGUGGAUUUUCAAUCCAAGUGGAAGAAUUGUAGCAUGUUGGAUAUUCAAUCCGAAAGUGGAAGAAUUUUCAGAUACCUACUUUGAAUAUAAGUUGACAAAAUGUUACCGGGAAGUUGCCUACGGAUCAGAUAAUCUAAAAUCUGAUAUUGCACUCCGGUACAGAAAGACUGUAAAGUACCGGGUCGAAAACUUACAAUUUGUCCUGGAAUUUUGUUUAGGUGGCUGUUGUAAAUAUUUCAGGCACUCUGUCAUAGGCAUACAUUGUGGAUGAAUCUUGUUUAGCUAUAUAUUUCUGGGAUAUUGUUAAAUUUCUU